UCUCACAAAGCCAUCCUCCGCUGCGCCGGCGCUCGCCGAGUCGCCGCCGUUGAUGCGCCGCCCCGGCUCGACGUCUCCGGCGGCGGAGACGAAGGCGGAGGCGGCUACGCGGAGGGACGGGGUAGGCGUGCGACGGCGACGGUUGUGAGGCUAACGGCGCCGGUCGAAUCCUCCCUCAAAGUUUGCAGAUGAGUUGCUUGAUCAAAUGCCGAUUAGGGAUGUCACGCUUGAACGUGCUUGUGCGUUUCGUAUUUUUUUUCUCCCCUUUCUAGUUAUUGCUGUUGGUGUCUAGUUAAUUUUGUCGCAUUUGCAAUUACGUCUGGGGAUUUGCUCCUCGCGUGGUAGAUGACUUCCAAUUUCCACGGCAUUGAGUGAAGAGAGAGUGAUGGUUUCUGUGCUGAAAUCAUCCCCGGGUGGGUAUGCAAUGCAACUGAUCUGACCACCACCACCUGUUUGAGGGAAUUCCAGUUUCAGUUCAUAAAUUUUAGCGGGUACAUCUUCUGUUCUGUCUGAAAGAUGUGUCGUGUGCAAAGUUGUCGCUUGUCAGAAUGGUCCAAAUCUGCUUGUUGAGCUGUGGGCUUUCGACAGAUUCAGGACAAGCUGCCAAGGACGGCUCUAGAUUUCGAGCAUGUGUUUGGUGUAUGCGUAGGGUUGGUGUAUGGAGGUAGUUGGUUAUUGUGGGCGUUUGUGUAGGGUCUUAACAGUUAUUGCUUUGAUGUUUGAUCAGAUCACGCUUAUUAGGUGGAGGACCUGUACAGAUUAGUCAUUUGCGUACAGGAGAUUGUGUCAAUGCUCUCGCAGGAGACUUUUAUUCGUGUCAAUGAUCUAUGCAGCCAUGCAGGAGACCUUUUAGAGUGCUUGUGAGACCUAACAUCCGUUGAUCAUUUUAAGAGGGACACAUAUUAACUUGAUUGUAAUGUGCCUUGUAUGAGGGAGUAGCUGCUAGCUAUAGUUGUUGGCCAACCACAGCAAUGCAUUUUGUUCCUAUGGUCUUUGGAUAGUGUACUGUCCAAUGUCAAUAAAAAUUUUCACUAUUGGUGGUUGUAUGUUAACACAAUUUUCUUGCAGUCCUUAAAAGGAGGGCAAAAACUUUGCCUUGUAUAUGUUAAUAGAGCAGGAGAACUCUCUUGCAUUAUCAGUUUGCUAUGCCUCCCAGUUAGGAUGUAGCUUACAUCCUGAGAAUAGACCGCCAUAUACUGUGUUAUUGUCUGUGUACAUCCAAUUGGAUGUAGAGGCCGGGUUUAACCCAUUUUCUAAAAAUACUGUGCCAUUUGGUGGUGUGCAUUUGGAGCAAAACAGAUUCAUAUUCCUUCUAUUUAAGUUGUUGUUAUUGAUUCCUUGAACAAAUAUAUUAUAUUCUUCCUGUUUUCGAUGGAAAAGUUUUACAUUGCUUGAAGUAACACAAUUUCUGAAGCACCUGGACAUGUCUGUGAGACAGCACAUCCACUUAACUGAUAGUAUUCCAUAGUAUUAUUCUGCACCUUCUUGUUUUAGUGCAAGCAUCUCAGAUGGGAAAAACUGCCUGCAGUUGUAAAAUAUCUUUGUUGUCACAAUUUCCUACCAGCACGACAUUUUCAUUUAGUUCCUCAUGUAAUGUUUCUUCUCUCAAUAAGGUAGCUGUUGCAGAGUGAUCAGCUAAUGAUUGUUGGACUCUUCUUGUCAAUUAGGUAAAUACUUAAAAUAACCGUCAAGGCAUCAAGGGAAGCAUGUGCUGGCGGAUUGUGCUUGAUGAUGUUUAAAAGUCCUCAUGGCGCAUGGGAGGGGAACUGUGCUGCCUGUGCUUUGAGCAUGACCGCAGCAGGUGAACGGUCAGCUCGUCAGAAAGAGAUCGGUUGAAGUUGUACGCCUGAAUGCGACUGCGUCAAUUAAUGUGAUUCAACAGAAGACAUGAAUUGAUCAAGAGAGUUGCAUGUCCGUUCAGGUCCGUCGGUUGGCCAGAACCACGACUCCAAGUGUACGUACGUUUACCACACACAAACCUCUUAUUAUUCCGAGCAACUCAUGCCUCGUGCGGAUUAUGUAUAGUCAAUAGUCAUAUGGCCUCAUGGGUGAUAUUCAUGAAACCCCCCGUGAGGUGUUCCUACCAUAUCAUUUUUUUUCCCUGAUAACGAGACACAUGAUUAAGAAUGUGUUUGCCUAAUGAUGCUGAUGAAUCUUUGCCCUGCCAAAUGCCAAGACGGCCGGGGCUAUCCCCCCUGGAAUUUUCUCGCAGGUGAGCAAGAUGUCGUGUCGACAUUGGGAGGAGGAGGGGUUAUCAGGGUCAUAAUGGCUCUGAUUUGGGCAUGCAUGAGAGGCACAAUGCAACACACGGCCGCGGGGUAGAGAGGUGGACUGAUCGGAGCAGGCAGGAAGGCAGCUGCUCGACGGAUGAGCCCGAUUUUUCCCUGUUCAGGAUUUAUUUACAGCUCCUGGAGUAAGGCGUAAGCGAAGGCGACCGCGCGAGGAGAGACACAGAAGGAGAGGAGGAGGACGAUGCUGUUCCAGUCCAGCAGCAGCAGCAGCAGCGCGGGGACCUGAUCUCUCUCCCUGCCCGGUGGGGCCCGGAGCACCAGCUCCGCUGCUCUGGUCAUGCUUUCCAUGGCAGGAAGGAAUGUGACACACACGGUGGUGCCGGGGAGAAUGGCAGCUGGGCCCCAGCUGCUAGCUGCGCGCGUGUACUGGGUCAUCAAUUAACAGUUUUCGUCAGCUUGUUUGGAUGUGGCCACCUAAGCUAGCGCUGAGGUGACAUACAAGGAGAGCGUGUCGAAACUGGAGAAGACGGGGCUUGCUGUUCAACUGCUUCAGACUUUGCAGGAGGGCACUGCUUAAGGAGGUAAUUAAGCAACUGUCCAGUGUCCUACUAGCAAUAUAUAUAUUCGAAGUACAUCCACAUUGGAUCAAUCGUCCUCGAGUGAACAGAGGAGAAGGUUGCUCCCUCCCCUGGGCAGGCAUGCGAGGCAACACGAGCAUAUAAAAUUUUUAUGUAUGUUCUCUCUAGCCUUAGCUUGUCUACAUGUACCCUUGUUGGGGUCCAUCAAGUGUUGUGUAGUACUGCUCCAUCUGCCUUGGGUGGGAAGCAAGCCCUGGGAUUCACCUCUCUCUCUCUCUCUCUCUCUCUCUCUCUCUCUCUCUCUAGUCUCCAACAUCACAGACUCUCAUGCCGAAAAGGAUCAUCAUUCGAGCACAAGGCCUCCUCCAUAUGCCCAUCUUGAUGAAGUGCAUGGCAAUGCAACCUUUGAUGAGUCGAUCGACUAGCACCUAGCUCGCCCUCCACUCGUAGGAGCUUUAUGCUGCGUGUGAGUGAGUGCAGUGCAGUGCAGUGUGUGGAAUCUGCAGUAACAGCUGUGAUGUGCUCUAUUCACAGCUAGCAACAAGAAGGAGGCUUACACAUGCAUGUGCACGGUCUCUGCCGGACGCAUAUGAAUCAGGCAUGAAUAGGGGGCACAUCAGCAGCUCGGAGCUCAUCGACGCCAAGCUCGAGGAACGCCGGAUCUCCACGGCCAAGCACUGCCCCAGCUGCGGCAACAAGCUCGACUGCAAACCGAAGGAUUGGGUGGGGCUACCGGCAGGAGUCAAGUUCGAUCCGACGGACCAGGAGUUGAUCGAGCACCUCGAGGCCAAAGUGAGGGAAGAAGGCUCAAGAUCUCAUCCUCUCAUCGAUGAGUUCAUACCCACGAUAGAAGGGGAGGACGGCAUAUGCUACACCCACCCUGAGAAACUUCCAGGUGUGACAAGGGACGGCCUGAGCAAGCACUUCUUCCACCGGCCGUCGAAGGCGUACACGACGGGGACGAGGAAGCGGCGGAAGAUCCAGACGGAGUGCGACGUGCAGAAGGGGGAGACGAGGUGGCACAAGACCGGCAAGACCCGGCCGGUGAUGGUGAGCGGCCGGCAGAAGGGGUGCAAGAAGAUACUGGUCCUCUACACCAACUUCGGCAAGCACCGCAAGCCGGAGAAGACCAACUGGGUGAUGCACCAGUACCACCUCGGCGACCUCGAGGAGGAGAAGGAAGGGGAGCUCGUCGUCUGCAAGAUCUUCUACCAGACGCAGCCUCGGCAGUGCAGCUGGUCCUCCGACCGCGGCGGCGGCGCCGCCGCCACCGCAUCCGCCGUGACGACGGCGGCGGUGCAGCAGGAUCAGCAGCGCAGGAGGGACAGCGGCAGCGGCAGCUGCUCGUCGACGAGGGACCACGAGGUGUCGGCGACGUCCUACUCGACGGCCGGGUACGCCGUCGCCGCCGCCGUCGAGAUGCAGCAUUUGAAGCAUGCCGCCGACCAUUUCAGCUUCGCGCCUUUCAGGAAGAGUUUCGAGGAGGUUGGUAUAAGUGGUGAUCAGGUACACUCCAAUCAGCUUGGGAGGUCGGAGCAGCAGCAUGCUGGCCAGGAACAACAGCCGCACCGGCCGUUGCUUGCAACCACGACGGCGGUGCCUGCCACGGCCUUCCUGAUCAGCCGGCCGACGAACCCUGUAUCAAAUAUAGUGCCACCAGCAAUGCAGCAUGCAUCUGUCGUUCUUGAUCAUGAUCAGUUCCACGUGCCAGCAAUCCUUCUCCACCACGACAAAUUUCAGCAGCAGCAGCAACAAAAGCUUGACAGGAGGUCUGCCGGCUUGGAGGAACUGAUAAUGGGCUGCACGUCUUCGAGCACAAAAGGAGAAGCUUCAAUUCCUCACUCCCAAGAGACAGAAUGGCCUUACCAGCCAUACUGGACUCCUGACAACCAGGAUCAUCAUGGAUAGUAGCAACAAGGCUGGUAAAUAGUGAAGAUCAAUACCAAAAGAAAACUAACCACAUUCUCUUUCACCUUGUGUGGUCUCUGUCUUCUUGAAUAUACAACAUUGCUUUCUUGAAGAAUGUAUGUACUACGGUUGGGAGAAGAAAUAGAUUAAAGAGAUCUGUAUAGAUCUGCCUCCAUGAAAAAAGGGAGAUCAAAUUAACUGUGCAAGGACACUCCAAGAUAGAAGAGACAAAGUUGUUGAAAGAAAAGAAAAGAGAGGACAAAAAAAGUUUGGGCAAAGGUAUUGUUGUGCUUAAUUACAUCAGAAUGAAGGCUAGACAUGCUAGAUGCAGUCAAUAUUAAUGCACCCCAAUCGAAGCAUAAUUAUAAUUACAUUUUGGUUUAUCACAGCUUUUGAUAUGCAUUAGAUAUUUUUCAACUGUAAAAAGUAGUAUUGUUUGCAUGUACUGUGAUGUACAUUACACCCCCUGGCCGGUCCCUUCUCUCUCUAGAUGGGUGUGUGCGUGUGUGUUUUUCACCUUGCUUACCUUGUGCUUCAAAUGCAUCCAGGGGGACUAAAUUCCCAACUUAAUAAGUUCUUUUUCCUUUCUAGAGGCGCAAAAAUUGUUUAGCGUUUGGGUACUGAUGCUACUUACUUUGUAACGAGAGUUGAAUUCAUCUGCCAUGCAUGUUGGUUUCAAGGAAUAAACUGGCGUUGACAUGCAUGAUUUUUGUGGUCUAUAUAUAUCACAUAUAUAUCAGAUUACUCGAUGAUCUAACUAGUUAGUUUACUGCUGUACCUGUACAUAUGGAUUUAAGAAUCAGAGUGGUGUUGGCUAUAUAUUAAGAGUUAUGCUUGCAUACUGAUACUGAUGUACAUAUACGUAAGCACAGAAAAUUCCUUUGUUCAUGUAAAAAAAUAUCAGCUCUCAAUAUAGACAUGUGUUGUAUUUAUACAA